AUGUCUGAUAGACAAGUUACAAAGGUUGAUUCUAUAAAAGUGCAGAGUGAGAGCGAUCUUUUUUAUGGGUACGAUAGUUACACGUACUUAACAUGGGUUGAUUUUGAAGUGGUUCUUACAAUGGAUGAGCUGACUGGUGUUGUCAUUGUGUCUUAUAUGAUGGUGUUGUUUAACAAAAUGAAGUAUCCCCCCCCCCCCCCGCCAAAAAAAAAGAGAUUACGGAAUUCGCUUUGUGAACCGACAUUAAUCUUGCCAAGUACGCAUAAAGGGAAAUCUAAGAAUAUUGAUGAUGCAAGCAGAGGUUUAGUAGAUCAAAGACAUUGGGUGUUGGGUGUACUAGACAUGAAAUCAAAUACUUGCUAUUAUCUUUAUUCCUUGAGUUCUACCAAUUUCAAUAUGCAGUUUUUGCAAAUUGUUGAUUCGGCAAUAGUUAUGUACGCUACACAAAGUGGAUCCAACAAAAGGGUUAAAAUGAAUUGGGUUAAUGUUACGAGUCCAAUUCAGCUUGGAUCUACCGAAUGUGGCUACUACAUGCUAAGGUUCAUGAAGGAGAUAGUGGAAGAAGGAAUUGAAGUGUUGGUCAAAGACAAUCUCGGGGAUGGCAAAGUUGAGUACACAAUUGAUGAUAUCGAUGAGAUACGUGAAGAAUGGUUAGAGUUUGUUACAAGCCUCAUUUAUCGAUGA